AGUCCAACCCAGCACCUCAUCAUAAACGCCUCACUCUUCUUCUUCUCCUUCUCCUUCUUCUGAAGUUCUUCUCUUUCCUUUCCUUUUCUUCUCAUAAUCAAAAGCCGACUCUCCAUCUAGAUUUCACAUUCCCUCAUUCAAUUGGUUGUCAGAUUCGUUAAUCAACCCUUCAUUUUCUUUUUAGGUGGAAAAAGAAACAGUUUUUUAUUUGCAAAAACUGAGGAAGAAAUGGCCGUAGACUUCUGGGGUGCAAAAGUUCACUCGACCAAGCACUUUUCUACUGUCCAAGCUGGCCGUCUUAACAGCUCUGAUGCUCAUUUAAUCAUGGAUGAUACUGAGGGCGAUGACGAUGUGAGAGCUUGGUUUCCUUGCCCUUUCUGUUAUGUGGAAGUCGAAAUUCCUGUGUUUUGCAGCCAUCUUCAAGAAGAGCACUGCUAUAACUUAAAGAACGCGGUUUGUCCUAUGUGUGCAGCAAAUUUGGGUAAAGAUGCCAUUGGACACUUUCUGUUGCAGCAUGCGCCUUCGGUAAAGCGGAGGAGAAAGUGUCAAAAAUCUGGAUACUGGAAUAGCAGUGUAGCAAUGAUUGGCAAAGACCUGAGUGCGUUUCUUGGUUCAAAUUCUGUGAGUGGUAGGAGUAAUGUGCAUGAACCUUCACCCGACCCACUCCUCUCUCCGUUUCUCUGCAAUGUAUCACUUUCAGACCCUAAGGAUAACCAACAAGAUGAAGCAUUCUGUAGUGUUGCCUCAACAACUUCUGAUGUAACUAGCAGUAAGUCAUCCAUGUCUGACGAAGUUCAAGAAGAAGAUUACGAAGAGAGGAGGCAGCGCGCAGCAUUCGUUCAGGAGUUAAUGAUAUCAACCAUAUUCUAAGAUUUCCUGCACCACAUUUGGGAUUCAAUAGAUCCAACCCAAAGAAGAGGUUACUUCACUUAUUCAGUCAACAGACACCAAUUUUUAUAAGUGGUGCAUGAUCUUUAGGUUGUCUUCAAUAUUCUGUUGGACAGUCCCUGAUCAAAAGCAGUAUAUAUGUAUUGUGUAUCACUUUGUAUGCAAUUUAAUAUAUGGUUACGUAUUGCUAGCGUCGAGAGAACUUGAAGAAAUGUUGUUUGCUACAUUUCCCAUGAUCUUUCCUAAGUUCAGACUUCUGCAUUUGUGUGAUGAUAUAGAACUGCCAUCAUCUGAAGUCCGCAAGAUUUGACCUAUAAAAAGAAAAAGGGGAAGGAUUUAGGUUAUCAAGAGUAUCCAUAUCAUUCUUGAUUGUAUAAUUGUUUUAGUCCUUACACUUCUUCAACUUUGGUGUUUCAGCCACCUUGAUUUUGGGCACAGCAUGCCUGUACGGGAAUGGCGUUUUGAUUGUUAAUUUCCUAG